UGUUUCAGGCCUGAGACAGAAGAGGAAAACAGUUUGAAAGAAGAAAUUGAGCACCUGAAAAAGGAAUUUCUGGAAAAAUCUGGUGAAGAGCAAAGCUGUUUACAGGAUCUUAUUCUUAAAAGAGAGAAGGAUUUGGAACUGCUGAGGCGGGAAUUGGAUGACAAGGUUCGUUAUAGCCAGAAAGUGUUUGAAAGGCCCGGUUCUGGAGCUGGUAGGGAUGCUAUCUCUAUUGAGAGACCUUCUCGGCUUGCACCAUACGAGGAACCCAGAGCUGGUUUUCCAGAGAGACCUCCUUCCCGGCCAGGGGCACACGAGGAUCCUAGAGCUGGCCAUUCUGAGAGACCACGUUCUCGACCUGGCUUGUCUGAGAAGUAUAGGCCCGGGUUUCCUGAGAGGCCUUCCCGGCCUGGACUCUAUGAAGAGUCCAGAUCUGUCUUUCCUGAGAGACCUUCUCGAUCUGGAUCAUAUGAAGAGACUCGAGCUGGAUUUUCUGAGAAAUCUCCUUCCUUAUCACAGGCAUAUCAAGAUCCCAGAGCUGUUGACUACAUGGAGAGGCCUCGAUCUCGUGGCACUGUAAAUUCCAGGACAAGGCCGAUUGAUGACAGGAAAGCUUCUCAAGGUGGCGGGGUUAGAGGAUUUGUGGGAAGCAGAGACGUGGACAGGUCAAGGCCGAGGUGGUGAAUUUCAGUUAUUGUGGAUUCUUUGAGCCGUUCUGCUUUUAGUCCUCUGACGUUAGAGCAAAAUAAAACUUCGGCAGCUCUCAUUAAAUCUCUCGCGCUUUGGUUGUGAGAAAUGGAGCUAGAAUUAUUGAAUACUGACAUUGAUAUCGCUUGAUUAAUUGUAAAAUUGCACUCUUUCUUUCUUUUAGUCGCAUAACCUAUUUUGCGCAUUUUUCAUAAGGACUCUAUUGUAAUGCCCGUCUUGCUGCGCCACCCCGAUUUUGGCUUUUCCCCCUCUUUUUCUGAACCGUAACGUUUUUUUCCCUGUUCUAUAUAAUUUGUUUUCUUCA